AUGGCGCAAAGAAGAGUGGUGAUCGUUGGCGGCGGGAAUUCCGCGGGCUACCUCGUGCGAGCUUUAGUUGGCGCACCGUCGUCGUCGUCGUCGUUGUCGUCACCAUCAUCAUCAUCGGUAACAAUCGUGUCGGAGGAAAACGUCCUGCCGUACGAACGCCCGGCGCUGUCGAAGGCGUUUUUGAACGAACAGUCACCGGCGAGAUUACCUGGGUUUCAUACCUGCGUCGGGGGCGGUGGGGAGAGGCAAACGGAGGAGUGGUAUAAAGAGAAAGAGGUGGAGACGAAAUUGGGAACCAAGAUCACGAAGUGCGAUUACGAGAAGAAACGGGUGGAAACCGCGAGCGGAGAAAUAAUCGAGUACGAUGCGUUGGUGAUUGCAACUGGGGUGAGCGCACACAAAGGGUCGUUUAUUGAAGGUUUUGACGGAAAGAUGUGUAAAGUUUUGAGAAGUCACGAGGACGCGUUGGAAGUGGUGAAAGCGAUGGACGCCAAGCCGAAACAUCCGGUGGUGGUCGGCGGCGGGUACAUAGGUUUAGAGGUAGCCGCGGGGAUGUGUGCGAGAGGUUUAAAACCAACGGUCGUUUUGUUAGAAUCGAAUAUCAUGGCGAGGUUGUUUACGAAAGAAAUCGCCGCGCAUUACGAACAGUUGUACGAAUCGAAAGGCGCGACGUUUAUUAAAAACGCCUCCGUGAAGAAAAUCAACGACGGGAAAUCGGUCAUUUUGAACGACGGGAGAGAGUUGGACGCCGAUUUAGUCGUCCUUGGUGUCGGUUCGGACGUUCGACCAAACGUGGAACCAUUUUGUGACUCUUCUUCUGGCGGGCUGUUGGAGAAAGGAAAAGAUGGCGGGAUUAAAGUAAACGGCAAAUUUGAAACGUCCCAAAAAGACGUCUACGCCAUCGGCGACGUGUGUUCGUUUCCGGUUCGUUUGACUGGACCAAAUGAGAACGAAGAACAUUACAGAAUGGAACACGUGAAACACGCCAGAGCAUCUGCCGCGCACUGCGCGCGAACUCUCAUCGGUGAAAAAGACGUCCCGGAUUACAAAUACGAACCGUUCUUCUACUCCAGGGUAUUCGAGCAACCGAAUUCGGACCGCCCAGUCUCUUGGCAAUUCUACGGUUUCGGAGGCCACGCGGCGAUGGAAACCGGGAAAGUCUCCGCCGUCGGCCCAAUUGGUGACUUCAAGCCGCAACUGGUCUCCUUUUGGAUCGAAACGUCCACGAAAAAAUGCAUCGGGUGCUUCCUCGAAUCCGGCGGUUCCAUCGAAACGCAAAUCGCCAAAGACUUGGGGGAGAAAAAUCCAGUCGUCGACGUCGACGCGUUAGCGAAAAGUGCGACCGUCGCGGAAGCCAUGAGCGUUUGCGCGGAAGCGUUGAAGAAAAACUAG